AUGCCUUGUCCCAGGAUUAGGUCCGGGCCCCAGGAGGUCCGGGCCCCAGGAGGCUCCAGGAGGUCCGGGCCCCAGGAAGCCCGGGCCCUACGAGGCCCCAGGAGGUCCGGGCCCCAGGAGGCCCCAGGAGGUCCGGGCCCCAGGAGGUCUGGGCCCCAGGAGGCCCCAGGAUUAGGCCCCGGGAUUAGGUCCCGGGCUCCCUACGAGGCCCCGGGAUUAGGUCCGGGCCCUACGAGGCCACAGGAGGUCCGGGCCUCGAGCCACCCGGAGGUCCGGGCCCUAACGAGGCCCGGAGUCCGGGCCCUAACGAGAGGCCCCAGGAGGUCGCGGGCCCCUAACGAGCCCGCCGGAGGGGUCCGGGCUCCUAACGUAGGCCAGGAGGGUCGGGCCUACGAGGCAACCCAGGCGGUUUCGGGCCCUACGAGGCUAGGAGGGCCCCCCAGGAUAGGGUUCCCGCCGGGCCCCAGGAGCCCCAGGAAGGUCCGGGCCCCAGGAGGCCCCAGGAGUCCGGGCCCCUCACGAGGCCCCAGGAGGUCGGGCCCUAGGAAGGGCCCCAUGAUUAAUUCCGGGUCCCAGGAAUUAGGUCGGGCCCCAGGACGCCCCAAAGGAGGAUCCGGGCCCUAG